UGGGUGUUAGUGUGAUCCCAGUGUGACUUGGCAGAGUCGGGAGAAGAACCGAGCUCAUGUCCCGGAGGAACUUUGGCUAAAGGCGCGCUGUUUCCCGGCUUUCGUCGGAAUUCUUCUCUCUGUGUGGAUACUAGAGCUGUUAAACAGUUCCCGGUGCGUAAUUACGCACGGAGUUGUAGGCGCGGCGUUGUUGGCUGAGGAAAGCCGCGGACAAAGGGAGGCAGGCUGGACUACAACUGAUUUGAGAAGAGAGGACUACUGUCGGAAGAAAAACGGGGAGUCGGAAGUGAUUUUUCCCUCCACGGAAAAAUUUCUGUUGGAGCGUUUUGCUGGAAAAACAGUUUGAAGACCGAGGUUGGACAACAGACGAGGGGGUUUUCGGUGGAAAGGCUUUCGGCAUACCGCACUCAUUUGAGGAUCCUCCUAGCAUGGGAGGAGUUGGCUUCCAGCAAUAAAAUGUACCCACUACACCGAGAGAGGGAGCAGCCCAUCUUCAGCGCCCGAGCUCAUGUUUUCCAAAUCGACCCGGCUACCAAACGCAACUGGCUGCCGGCCAGCAAGCAUGCUGUCACCGUGUCCUUCUUCUAUGACGCCAGCCGCAACGUCUACCGCAUCAUUAGUGUGGGCGGGACUAAAGCUAUCAUCAACAGCACCAUCACCCCGAACAUGACGUUCACCAAAACCUCCCAGAAGUUUGGCCAAUGGGCUGACAGCCGGGCCAACACCGUUUAUGGCCUUGGCUUCUCCACAGAGCAGCAACUGCAGCAGUUUGCAGAACAAUUUAAGGAGGUGAAGGAGGCGGCCCGGCUGGCCAGAGAGAAAUCCCAGGAGAGGUACGAACUGGCCAAUCCUGCUCUCAACAUCGCUGCCCCACAGCUGUCUCAGGAGCUGUCGGAGGACCGUCAUUCUCCACCACUGCUGACAGUUAACGGGCCAGGAGAGGAAAAGCUGUUUCGCAGUAAAAGUGCAGAAGUGGAGCUUACAGUGGAGAAGGAGAGGGUCAAGAAGAUGUUGUCUGAAGGGUCUGUGUGUGAAAUCAACCUAGAGGCAGAGCUCUUCACCUUACAGGACAGUAACGCCAAGCUGGUGGCAGCGCUACAGGAAGCCAACGGCAGCGUGGAGCAGUGGAAGCAGCAGUUGGCUGAAUACCAGGAGGAGACUGAUCGCCUUAGAGAGCAGGUGGCAGAGUUAGAGGCGCAGCUUGGCCAUCCUGCUGCUGCUGCUCACACUGACAAAGAGGAGCUUAGCCGCUCACUGGAAGAGCUGGAAGCCCUGCUUAGUGCCAAAGACCAGGAGAUCCAUAGUCUACAGAGCAAGAAAACUGAUGUGGGGGAGCUAGAGAGAGAGAGAGAAGAGGCCAUACAGAGACUCCAGGACCUUGAGAGACGGAACACAGAGCUGGAAGGUCAAAUUGAGAGCACUGAAAAGACGCUGGCCUUCAGCAGAGAGGAACAGGAGAAGGCGGAAGUCGAGGUCCAGCAUUUCCUUGAGGCCCUCGAUGUCAAAAUUUGCGAUCUGAAUGACUUAAGACAAAGUCUGGCAAACCUUGUCGAUAAGUAGUCCCAACUGCAGGCGGUGGAUCUCCACAGUGAAGGCACAUUUUCUCUACUCUGAUCUCAUUUGUAUUUUACUGACACAGCAGUUUAGAUCUUUAUAAGACCAUUGUAUGCAUGAGAAAACUCUCAUCGGUGCAUUGCGAAAAUAAAGCCUCUGUACAGGA